AUGAGUAACGAGUACAACCUCAGCAUAGAUUUGAAAAGGGCAGACUUCAUAAAAGAAAAUUUGAAAAUAAUAAGGAAAGCAAUAUACAAUGAAUUUCAUUAUUUCUGUUCAAGCGAUAGUGUAAAAUCUGCGGAAAUACACACAGAUGAAUUGUCAAAGAGUAGGUGGAAUAACCUAUAUGCCUCAUGGAGGAUGGAAGAUUUCACAAGAAUGGAUAUUGGAAAAAUAUUAAAUAUAUUAAGAAGAAACCAAUAUGUAAUGGUGUGUAUAUAUUUUCUCCUCAUCUUUACAUUUGUUUAUUUGUUAACAUUAAUUUUAUAUACGAAAUGUUUUAGGAGGCUGAUUAAAGCUAUACGAUGCAAGACAUGUAAAAGAAAAAAAAAGAGACAAGAUGAAAAGGAGAGUGAAAAUAAAGAUGUAAUUGAAAAUGUGAAAAAGAGACUUUUUAACAUUAUAACGUAUAUAUUUUUGAGUUCACUUCUAUGUGUUCUCAUUAGUGUAGGCAUCUGGUACAUUAAUAAUUUUCUCAAAACAAAAAAUGGAAUUUAUUUAAGCAUUUGUAAUGCUUCUAUUUCUAUUGAAAAUUUCCUGACGAAUCAAUGUCCCAAUAACGGUGUUGUAGAUUCUUCCUGUUAUUCCCUGGAACAUAUUAUGACAGAUGUGUCUUCCAUAGUGGAAGAGUAUCAAGAUAUAAAGUUACAGAUAAAGAAGGAUUUGUUAAUAGAAAAUGGGAAUAACCAGUUACCGAUUCUCACAGGUUUCGUAACCAUAUUCGAAAACUUGAAAAAGCUGCAAAGAAAUAUCAGGGAAAACAAUAAAAUAUUGGAAGACGAAUAUUUCCACACAUACCCAGUGCUGACUAGAUUAGGAAAUGAGUUAGAUUCUGUAAUCCAAGAAGGAGAAGCAAAUUUUAAAGACUUGGAAGAAAGUUUAGGUGUGGCAAAAGAUAUAGUAAAAGAAGGUUUUGAAGGAAUUGAUAAUGCUUUAGAAAACAAAAUUCAAGAAAAUAUAGGAAAUAUAAAUGAUAAAAUUGUCAAUUUUAAUGAAGCAAUUAGUCAUUCUAUAAAUAAAUAUAAAAUUAAAAGGAGCUUAAAAAAGUACAUCACAGCAAUAUUGAUAAUGAAAUUGGUUUUGUUAAUUCCUCCAUUCCUUGUUUUAGUCGGGUUAAUAGUAUUUAUUUAUUUUCUGAUAAAAGGAGAUGUAGGAAAUGCACGUAACUUCUUUUUAGAUCUAUUUGGGGCAUUUAGUGCAUACUUUGGAUUCUUAACAAUUGUUAUUUUGUCAAUAGGAAUAAUAACUUUAAGUUUGUCUGUUCUUGGAGGAGCAACCUGUACCAUUGCAGAUAGGGUCCUGAAGAAUGAAUUAACUUUUGACGUUUUAAAUGAUACGCUAGUUGAUUACUGUUUGAAGAAUGAAAAUGCUCCUCUGAUUUCUGAAGACAUAUCCAAAGGAAUUAUAGAUAAUUUUAAUUCUUUUCAUACUGAAGAGAUGGAAAAAAAAUUAAUUGAAUAUGAUUCCAAUUUUAAUGAAAUGAAAAAAAUAUUUAAUGAAAGGACACGUAAUUUUGUAAAUUACAUAUGGGUUGUCAUUACAAAACAGAAUCAAAAUAGAUUCGUUGACAAUGUUGUAUUGGGUUCUUUGAGGAAGUCUUUACUCGCAGUAGGUAUAACGAGAGACAAUAUUAAAUUUGGAAAAUACAACCUUUGGGGAACGGAUGAAUAUUUCGAACAUUUGAAUAGGUUUUUUUUUAGCCGAACAAAUUUAGCCCUUUGUUUUGAAAAUUCGGAUUGUGAAAAUCAGAAUGGAAAAUUUAACAUAAAUUUUAAAUCUUCCAUUAACGACGACAGAUAUCGUGCGCUACGAAAUCAAUUGGGAAAUGAUAGACUUAAGCAAGACUUAGAUAAUGUUGUUCAGUUGUUUAUUCAUAAAUCCAGAGUAAAAAAUGAAAAAAUGUUCACUGUUAGUGAUUUGGACAGUAAUAUAACUGAAAAGAUUGGAUGGAAUGAAUACACACCUAGGUUUUCGAAAGAGGGGGAGAGUAAAAACUUCAUUAUUCGAAAGUACUUAGUAGAAGAUAUUAACAAUUUAAAUUUUAAUAAUAUUUUUGAUUUUUUUGAAAAAUUUAAAAAUAAAUUAAACACAUUAAAAGAUAUGAUACUCAGCAAAAUGGAUCAUCUUAUAAGAUAUACAAACUGUAGUAGACUCGUCACAGAAUUGAAAAAAGCUAAGCAUCACUACUGUGAUGAUGUCAUUUUGAAUAUGAUAACAUUGUCCGUUUCGCUCAUUGUCUUUUCGAUUAUUUCUUUUUUCCUGUGGUACUUUUUCUUAUUUUUCUGGCUUUAUUAUCACAUGAAGAUGAGAUAG